CAAAGAAGUAUUUGGCUCAAAAUUUAGAACUUCCGGAAAAUUUCUGCGAGUUUUUAUUUUAUUUCAAAAGUGCUGUUUACUGACGACUCCCAACCUUGAUAGUAUCGAAGCAUCAUCACAUAAGUAAAUCAUAAUGGCUAGUAUGGAUACCUCAAGAAAAGAAAUACUUAAACUCCAAAUGAACUUCUUGAAUGCAGGUACAGUUGACCAUAUGACUGUUGCUAUGACAUCAUUUCUGAAACUGGCCAAUCAAAAUCCAGAUGUAAUAUUGUCAUUCACAACAUUAGGCGUCAUGGAUAAAUUGAUUAAUAUCAUCAGUUCGUGUUCUUCAUCCAUAACUUGCAAUGUUAAAACUCUUGCGUACGCAUGCUUAGGUGCUAUGUGCUACCUUGAGCAAUUUAUCACGCAUAUUUUAAAGAAAGGAAUCUUGAAACCACUGACUGAACAUUUUAACAGCCUCAUGGAAACUCCAAUUUUGGCUUCCAACGAUGAAUAUCUGAAGAUGCUUGAACAAGCUGCAAUUUUAAUGAACAAACUUUAUUCUGGAUCGAAUAAACAAAAACAAAAAUUAGUUGAUACAGAUAUGGUCAAAUUUGCAAUUAACAUAAUUGAUCAAGAUCUCUCCCCUUUGUAUAUGUAUACAAAACAAGCAAAAGAUUAUUUAAAACAGAUAACGCUAUCAAAGGAGUUAUUCGGACAGCUGAAACCAAUGGACCACAAAUAUACAAAUACAACAAUCGCUGAUUAUAUCAAAGUUGAGAAUCUCGAUACUCUGAAUUUAAAAAUUGAUGGAUAUACUGUGAGCCUCACAGACACCUCGAAUGAAGAAUGUGAUGUUCUUAUCAAAGAGGAAAUGCUCAAUAAAGGAUAUGUAUGGCCAAGUAAAGAUGGCACUGAUAUUGAUGAUACCUGGGCUAUGGGGGAUGUCCAUCCAAGUGCAGUUUUAGAUUGCGGUCAUAUGUUCGCUAACAUUGGACCUGAGGUGCAAAACAAACUGGCAGAAAUCGAGGCUAGAUUAGUAACACAUUGUAGUGAAGCUACCAAACUUACAAGACAGCCUGACAUUGGGGAAGUUGUAUGCAUGAAGAGCAAAAGAACACAAGGCGUCAACAACUUCUAUAGGGCUAUUGUAAUAUCCUACAGAGAAGGAACUAAUACUGGAACAAAGGCCAGACUGUUAACGCUUGAUUAUGGGGCUAGAGUGGAAGUGUUCUUGGAUGACCUCUAUAGUGUGCCCCAAGAACUACACCUGAAUGUGACACCAUGUCAAGUCAGUCUUUGCAAGUUAAUAGAUGUUUGCCCCCCUCCAGUGAACACAGCAAUUAUAUCACAUAUUCUGAGUGCCUUGGCAAACCUGGUCUGUGAUAACUUCCCUAUAGGGUAUAAUUUGAUUGAGAAUGGAGGCGUUGAGGUCAUCUCUAGUAUUCUCUCACAAUCAAUAGAUGUCAACAUCAGUUGCAUGUGUCUGUUCGUCUUCCACAAUAUGGCGUGUGGUCAUAAGAUGCGUGAGAAAAUUGGCCAAAGGGGCGUUAUUAAAUGUAUUGUGGAUUGCUUAGAGAAAUUUAAAGCUGAUGUGAUGUCACAUGAUGUUGUCAUAGUGAAGGCAUUAAGUUGUUUAAACAACAUGCUUUGGGAAAGUGCAUACAACAAGCAACAGCUGGAAGAAUGCUUAGGUGUUGGAUGCCUGCUCGACCUGACAGAAGCAGCUCUUCCAGUAAAGACAAGGCAGCUACUUAUGCAAGUGAUGCGCACAUACCUGGGAGAAAGUGACAUCUAUAUUACAAAAUAUUUGACCAGCACAGAAGAGUCCUCUGGUGAGCAAAGUGAUGAUGAAACUAGGUCAAGAUCUAAAACCAGAGGGCGCAAUCAGUCCCCUAGUAGGUCUGGUACAAGGUCAAAGUCUCAAGGUCGCAACUGUGCUAUAGAUACAGAUCGGCUAAAAGAGAUAUCUGAUGGUAACUACAUGGUGUCCACUGUAACCUCAACUCCAAGUCAUGUGACUGGACAUGCACCAAUCUCAAGCCCUAAUUUACAAGGAAGUAUAGUGGGCAGUCACACUGUGAAUACGGCACAUGACUACAUCAAGUCUGCAUCCUCAAAAUACUUUAUUCAAGGGGAUACAGUUCCAUUCUGUAAUGACAGUACACAUGAAAUAAGACCCUUGAACUCCAAUGGAGAAUUUGUUGAGGAGGACAUUUUGAAAUAUUGCUGCGGGUUCCUGAAUUCGUCAACAGAUAAGCCAGGGAGCACAUAUUAUGGUAUUUCCAUUGAUCGCAAAGUUGAAGGCAUGGUCUUGGACCAUGAUAGAAGAGAUGGACUUAAGCUGGGCAUGGACCGCCUCAUGACGCAAAAGUUUCACCCAACAGUUUCAUUCAAACGAUAUCAGGUGCUGACCCACCCUGUAGUUCUGAGAGAGGGCCAUGGGAACCUAGCUACGAGGCAGUAUAUUAAAAAUCUCUAUGUCGUUGAGAUUGUUGUUCAACCAUCAGGAGAUCUCUACACAAUAAAACAUAAGAAUGUUUCCUAUACCAGAUAUGGCAAAAAUACUGAAGCUCUAAGUAAACAGGAAGUUAGAGAGAGGGUCAUUAGAGAAGAAGAAAUGAAAUAUCUUGGUAGAAUUUCCCUCUUAGAGGCGGAGAUUGAUAAAAUCACGGUCAUGAAGAACUCUAUUGCAAAUCCAUAGAUCAGAGAUCAACAGUAGUAUUAUACACAUCAGGAAAUUAUUGUAUACUGUAUACAGUAAAACCCGUCUAAUUGGAACACCACUUGAACCACCAUUUGAACCACCACUUAAACACCACUUGAAAAGUGUUUUGAUUGGCAGCUAUUUACGUUUUGAUGUUUUAGAAUACUAGUCUAUGGCUACUGAAAUGUGAUUGAAAACAGUAUUCAAAACCGGAGGUGUUCAAAUUAGAGAGAUGUUCAAAUAUACAGGUUUUAAAGAGAUGUUGAG